CAGAGAGGUGACAUGCCCAAAGUCACCCAGCUGACAGUUGGCGGAGUCGGGAAUUCUAGAAUUCUCUGGCUCCGGAACCCGGCACUCUCCCUCGGCGGCCGGGAUGCUGUGGCGCGAUCGGCUCCUCACCCUCACCUUCCCCCCGGAGGGCAUCCUGACCACCGUCUCCAUGAUGUUCUUCAUCGUCCACCUGGGCAUCUACAUCAACGACCUCAACCACUUCUUCUACACCUACCUCUUCGACCAGAUGAGCUUCCAGUACACGGUCACCCUGCUGUUUUCGCAGGUGAUGAGCUUCCUGUGGGCGGCCAUGGGCUCGCUCUACGCCGAGAUGAUGAAGAAGAGCUUCCUGCGGUUCUUCUCCUCCGUCUCCCUGGUGCUCAACACUCUGAUGUUCUUCCUCCGCUUAAUCCUGGAAUUCUUCACCAUGGAUUACCGAAAGGAGCAGCACUGAUGGGGCGGGACGGGCC